AUGGACGACCGAAGCAAUGACGAAUAUUGGUGGGGUGCAACCGUCAGGGCACCUGAGGAUAUGAAUCCAGUGGAAAGCUUGGACUCCAUUGUGUUGGAGGAUGAUCGCCAGUGGCGCUCCCUUCAGCUGGCGAAAUUGCCAGCAGAGAUAUUCCUGGAGUGCUUUGAGCAUAUGACCAAUCGAGAACUGGCUAACCUCAGCCAGACUUGCAAGUAUCUGUACCUGAUGUUUCGUUCACUGCUCCGGAAGAAAGCCCGGCAGUUUGCACUGGCGACCCUGGAUGAGUACCGAGAGCUGCUCUGGAUCGAUCGAAACGGUCGGGCCCUCUACAAAGACUGGCAGACGGACCUAUACUCCAUUCCCUUCCGUGAACCCGUCUUCGAGGCUGUCGCGGCUGGGGAUUACUCUCUUGUUGAGUGUUAUUUGCGCGCCGGCGUGAGUCCCAAUGCCUACGGGCUGGAGGGCUGGCCCUUGCUGCCAUGGGCCGCCCGCAGUGGCCGGUUGGAGAUAGCGCAGCUGCUGCUGGACCAUCCUGCCAUUGAUGUCGGGCUCGUGGCCUGCGAUGAGCAAGUAUUCCCCGAUUGCAGUCCACUUCCAUUGGACAUUCUGUGCAACCGCCACUACCACUGGAGCUACCAUUCGGAGAGAGAUCUUCGCCUGCUAGACUCUGUCGUUCGCUCGCUCCUAUGCAAAGGGGCGACAUUCGAACACUUCAACGCCUUUCAGUAUAUCAGCGCCAGUCCGCAUCGACUCCGGUUCAUGGAGGCGGCGAUGGAGAAUGGUUCCGAUCUCCAGGCCGUGGUCAUUGGCAUGCGGCGGACGACCUGGUGUCACCACCACGAGUCCCCUGCAAAGUUCGCCGCUUGCCAGCCGGACUCGCGAUAUCUUGAGCUCGUCGUGCGCGUGGCUCCCGAGAUCCUGGGUAACGUAGGGAGAGCGGGCCUACGGCCUUGUCCCCGGGAGAGACUUCCGCCGCCGCUAGAAGCGACGCAAGGAACCCGUGGGUUCUGUAUCCUGGAGCGCAAGCUGCGCUUGAAGUGGGGUUUGGCUGGUAGUGGCAGAUACUUUGAGGUUGGGGUUGGUGUCUGUUCAAGGCCUGCUGGCCCAAUGGUCAAUACCGCGGCAUCGACCUCAUCCGCAGGGCCACAAUUUACCCAGUGCAUACCGGCGACAUAUAUCCGCGACCCUGGGAUCGAUUGA